AUGUCCGGAGCUGGCGAGCCCUCUCUUCCGAGUCUGCUCGCAGAGGUGUCGGAGCUUUUGCGCAGCAGCACAUUGAUGGAGAACAAGCGUGAGACGAUCUUUGAGCUGCUUCGACGGAGCUGCUUGAAGUCUGCAAGGGAUGGGGCGCUCGACUCUGUGAGCGACGCUGCGGCAGAAGAUGGCUGGUACUUCCUGUUGAUGAUCCGCAGGAAGAGCCCAGUACGAAAGCGCCGAGUCGAUGAGUGCCUCAAGGCGUUGUCCUCUUCGCAGAGGUGGAUGCAGCGACUCCAAACCAAGAAGCUUCAGGACUUCCUGGCGCAGGACGCCGAGAGCCAGAAGCUGCUUUGCGGCGACACGGCCGGCUCCAACCCCUUCGCGAACGCGGCGAGCGCGGCGCCCGUGUGCAGCCCCAAGGCGGCUGCGGGAACGCUGGUCUUCUCCGCGGCCUACGAGGGAGCCGUGGGAGACCAGGGACCCCCAAAAGGAGAGGGAGAGGAAGGAGCAGAGCUAAUCAGAAGUACGGUGUCACGGAGAAGAUCGGGCAAGGCGUCACCACGGCAGCCAAAAAGAGCGUGGAGUUUGAGCAGAAACACCACGUAUGGCAUCACCGAGAAGAUUGGGAGUGGUGCGAAGACGGCGUACUCCAAGGCCCGGGAGUUCGAUGAGAAGCACCAGGUCACCUCCAAGACAGCCUCCAAAAAUCCCUUCGGUGCGCCCCAGACAGCGCGAUUUUGA